GAUGCGCGCUCAUACGAACAAAAAGGAGUCUGAAAACCCUAUUCUUAAUCAAGCAGCGGGUAAAGCUAUAACUCCGGCACCACAACAGAAGAAACGACUCUUCAUAUGUCAAAUAUGUUCUAAGUGCCUUUUUAGUAGAAUUAAUUGCCUUGAUCACAUUCAUAAAGUCCAUAAUCAACCAACUCAAUCAAUCUCAAGAGAAAGCGAAACGGAAGAUUCUCGUCCGGAGUCUCCUAUGGACGCAGAUAACAAUCAACAGGAUCACAAUAAAGGUACUGCCGACACGGCUAUGAUGUUGAAUGACAAUGUCUCCUCCAAAGGAUCUGCAAAUGUUGAGCAAGAAGUAAAUGUUAGCCACAAUCCAUAAUGAUAAGUAACAUAGGUAACACAAAAAAUAACUAGAUUAGUUUUUAAUUUUUGUCUAUUAUAUUAAAAAUGUGUAGGUUAGUUUAGUAUACUGAAUAGUAUUCUCCAAGUUAUGAUGUUUGUUCAUUAUAUGUUAGCUUUUAGGUUCAUUCGUGAUAUUUAAAAUAUUUGUUAGUAUUAAAUGAAUUCAUUAGUAUUCAUGAACAGU